UCCCAAUCACAGGAGGAGGAGGAGGUGGAGGAGGAGUGCUGCCUUGAGGAAGUACAAGAAUGAAGUUGUGGAGCUGAGAUUCCCCUCCGUCGUGCCCAAAGAGCCAAGAAGAGCCCCCCGAGGCUGCCGCCCACCGCCGCGCGGGGUGCCCUUUCCGGCGCCGAGAGCCGACCCCCCACCCCUCGCCGCUCCCGGCGCCCUCCCAGCCUGGUCCAGCGGGAGCCAUGGGGCCGGAGCCGCAGUGAGCACCAUGGAGCUGGCGGCCUGCUGCUGCUGGGGGCUCCUGCUCGCCCUCCUGCCCCCCGGAGUCGCGGGCACCCAAGUGUGCACCGGCACAGACAUGAAGCUGCAGCUCCCGGCCAGUCCCGAGACCCACCUGGACAUGCUUCGCCACCUCUACCAGGGCUGUCAGGUGGUGCAGGGUAACCUGGAGCUCACCUACCUGCCUGCCGAUGCCAGCCUCUCCUUCCUGCAGGAUAUCCAGGAGGUGCAGGGCUAUGUGCUCAUAGCUCACAGCCAGGUGAGGCAGGUCCCGCUACAGAGGCUGCGCAUCGUGCGAGGCACCCAGCUCUUUGAGGACAAGUACGCCCUGGCUGUGCUGGACAACGGAGACCCGCUCAGCGGCAGCACCCCUGCCCCGGGGGCUGCCCCGGGGGCUACCCCGGGCGGGCUGCGGGAGCUCCGGCUGCGAAGCCUCACAGAGAUCCUGAAGGGAGGGGUCUUGAUCCAGCGGAACCCCCAGCUCUGCCACCAGGAAAAUGUCUCGUGGAGUGACAUCUUCCACAGGAACAACCUGCUUAGCAAGCUGCAGAUAGACACCGACCGCUCACGGACCUGCCAGCCUUGUUCUCGGGCUUGUCAGUUCUCCCACUGCUGGGGACCAGGUUCUGAGGACUGUCAGAACUUGACGAAAACUGUCUGUGCCAGUGGCUGUGCCCGCUGCAAGGGCCCGCUGCCCACUGACUGCUGCCACGAGCAGUGUGCUGCCGGCUGCACGGGCCCCAAGCACUCCGACUGCCUGGCCUGCCUCAACUUCAACCACAGUGGCAUCUGUGAGCUGCACUGCCCAGCCCUGGUCAUCUACAACACCGACACCUUCGAGUCCAUGCCCAACCCUGAGGGUCGGUACACCUUUGGUGCCAGCUGUGUGACCGCCUGUCCCUAUAACUACCUAUCUACGGAUGUGGGGUCCUGCACCCUGGUCUGUCCCUUAAACAAUCAAGAGGUGUCAGCCGAGGAUGGAACACAGCGGUGCGAGAAAUGCAGCAAGCCUUGUGCCCCAGAGUGCUAUGGCCUGGGCAUGGAGCACCUGCGGGAGGCGAGGGCGGUCACCAGCGCUAACAUCAAGAAGUUUAAAGGCUGCAAGAAGAUCUUCGGGAGCCUGGCAUUUCUGCCGGAGAGCUUUGAAGGUGACCCAGCCUCCAACGUUGCCCCCCUCCAGCCUGAGCAGCUCAAAGUCUUUGAUACCCUGGAGGAGAUCACAGGUUAUCUGUACAUCUCGGCAUGGCCGGACAGUCUGCCUGACCUCAGUGUCUUCCAGAACCUACGAGUUAUCCGGGGGCGAGUUCUACAUGACGGGGCCUACUCCCUGACCCUGCAAGGGCUGGGCAUCAGCUGGCUGGGGCUGCGCUCUCUGCGGGAACUGGGCAGCGGGCUGGCCCUCAUCCACCGCAACGCCCGCUUGUGCUUCGUGCACACGGUGCCCUGGGACCAGCUCUUCCGGAACCCCCACCAGGCCCUGCUCCAGAGUGCCAACCGGCCAGAGAAUGAGUGCGUGGGUGAGGGCCAGGCCUGCGACCCACUCUGUGCCCAUGGCCACUGCUGGGGUCCGGGGCCCACCCAGUGUGUCAACUGCAGCCAGUUCCUUCGGGGCCAGGAGUGUGUGGAGGAAUGCCGAGUACUGCACGGGCUCCCCCGGGAGUACGUGAAGGACAGGCACUGUCUGCCGUGCCACGCUGAGUGUCAGCCCCAGAACGGCUCAGUGACCUGCUUUGGAUCGGAGGCCGACCAGUGUGUGGCCUGCGCCCACUACAAGGACCCCCCCUUCUGCGUGGCCCGCUGCCCCAGUGGCGUGAAAGCUGACCUCUCCUUCAUGCCUAUCUGGAAGUUCCCAGACGAGGAGGGCACGUGUCAGCCGUGUCCCAUCAACUGUACCCACUCCUGUGUGGACCUGGACGACAAGGGCUGCCCCGCCGAGCAGAGAGCCAGCCCUGUGACUUCCAUCAUCACGGCCGUGGUGGGCAUUCUGCUGCUUGUGGUCGUGAGUCUGGUCCUGGGCAUCGUAAUUAAGCGACGGAGGCAGAAGAUCCGCAAGUACACGAUGCGCAGGUUGCUGCAGGAAACCGAGCUGGUGGAGCCACUGACACCGAGUGGAGCUGUGCCCAACCAGGCCCAGAUGCGUAUCCUGAAAGAGACAGAGCUGAGGAAGGUGAAAGUGCUCGGAUCCGGAGCUUUUGGCACCGUCUACAAGGGCAUCUGGAUCCCAGAUGGGGAAAAUGUGAAGAUCCCUGUGGCCAUCAAAGUGUUGAGAGAAAACACAUCGCCGAAAGCUAACAAAGAAAUUCUGGACGAAGCAUAUGUGAUGGCCGGUGUGGGCUCCCCGUACGUGUCCCGGCUCCUGGGCAUCUGCCUCACUUCCACGGUGCAGCUGGUGACACAGCUUAUGCCCUACGGCUGCCUCCUGGACCACGUCCGAGAACACCGAGGGCGCCUGGGCUCCCAGGACCUGCUCAACUGGUGUGUGCAGAUCGCCAAGGGCAUGAGCUAUCUGGAGGAAGUGCGGCUGGUGCACAGGGACUUGGCUGCCCGGAAUGUGCUGGUCAAGAGUCCCAACCACGUCAAGAUAACGGACUUCGGGCUGGCCCGGCUGCUGGACAUUGACGAGACCGAGUACCACGCAGACGGGGGCAAGGUGCCCAUCAAGUGGAUGGCAUUGGAGUCCAUUCUCCGACGGCGGUUCACCCACCAGAGUGAUGUGUGGAGCUACGGUGUGACUGUGUGGGAGCUGAUGACGUUUGGGGCCAAGCCUUACGAUGGGAUCCCAGCCCGGGAGAUCCCUGACCUGCUGGAGAAAGGGGAACGGCUGCCCCAGCCCCCCAUCUGCACCAUUGACGUCUACAUGAUCAUGGUCAAAUGUUGGAUGAUCGACUCUGAAUGUCGGCCUCGGUUCCGGGAGCUGGUGGCCGAGUUCUCUCGCAUGGCCAGAGACCCCCAGCGUUUUGUGGUUAUCCAGAAUGAGGAUUUGGGGCCUGCCAGCCCCUUGGACAGCACUUUCUACCGCUCGCUGCUGGAGGAUGACGACAUGGGGGACCUGGUGGAUGCUGAGGAGUACCUGGUACCCCAGCAGGGCUUCUUCUGCCCAGACCCUGCCCCAGGCACGGGGGGCACAGGCCACCGCAGACACCGAAGCUCAUCCACCAGGAGUGGCGGUGCUGAACUGGCCCUGGGGCUGGAGCCCUCAGAAGAGGGGCCCCCCAGGUCUCCGCUGGCUCCCUCGGAAGCGGCCGGCUCUGAUGUGUUCGAUGGUGACCUGGGAAUGGGGGCAGCCAAAGGGCUGCAGCGCCUCGCCCAUGACCCCAGCCCUCUCCAGCGGUACAGCGAGGAUCCCACAGUAUCCCUGCCCCCAGAGACUGAUGGUUACGUUGCCCCCCUGACCUGCAGCACCCAGCCCGAAUACGUGAACCAGCCAGACGUUCGGCCACAACCCCCUUCGCCUUUAGAGGGCCCUUUGACCCCUCGGCCUGCUGGUGCCACUCUGGAAAGGCCCAAGACUCUUUCCCCCAAGACUCUCUCCCCAGGAAAGAAUGGGGUUGUUAAAGACAUUUUUGCCUUCGGGGGUGCUGUGGAGAACCCCGAGUACUUAGCAUCCCGGGGUGGAGCUGCUCAGCCCCAUCCUCCUCCGACCUUCAGCCCAGCCUUUGACAACCUCUAUUACUGGGACCAGGACCCAUCAGAGCGGGGUUCUCCACCCAGCACCUUUGAAGGGACUCCUACGGCAGAGAACCCUGAGUACCUGGGCCUGGAUGUGCCAGUGUGAGCCAGAAAGGCCCAGUCCACUGAGGCUCCGUUGUACCCUCAGGGAGCAGGGGCCUGACUUCCUGCCCGCCUGCCUCAGGACAAGGCUCGAGAGGAGCCUGCCGCCAGGAGUCUUCCUUCCUAUUGGGCCUGAGUGGCUGAGAGGUACCCAGACUGGUUGGAAGGUGGAGCCUGCCGGGGAGUCCCAAUCCAUCCUGAAGCCUUGUGCCACUUGACUCUAGGCUCCGAUGGAGACCACAGCCUGUCCUCCUGAGGGAACAGCCUCGCCGGCUCUCUUCCAAAUCCUUGGCACUGACAGACUUAGAGAAGCCGGGCCUAAGAGGAGGAGACGCCCCACCGGAGGCGAGGAACAAAGUAACCCACCCAGACUGUCCCUGAGGCUCGGCUCUGCCCCUAGAAGUCAGGGGCAGCAGUGCCCUGACCCAGCCUUGUACAGAGUGUUGUUUUGUUUUGUUUUGUUUGUACUUUUUUUAAAAGAUGAAAUAAGGACUCAGGAAGAGUGGGUAUUGUGGAAGGGGUGUGGGUCCCUGGACUGGGAAAGGGACGUCCCUUCUCCAUACUUACUUUCUCCACUUGCAAAUAUAUUUUGGAAAACAGCUGGACACCAGCUUAUGCCUUGAGGGUGGCAAUGCCAUCUCCUGCCUUAGCAGCUCAUCUCUUCCUGGAGGGAGUGGGUAGGGAUCUUCAAGAAGCUUAGGUGUCCGGGCUUCUGGGUUGGGGAAGUCCAGGAGUUGGGAUUCUGAGCUGAGAGUCCUUCACAACCACCAUUUUUGCUCAGAAAAAAGAGGUCCCUGAGGCCCCACCAGAAUGGGGUAAUUUCCUCCUUGUAGGGCAGGGGUUGGAGGAGGGA